GAAAUCAGCCUUCCUUCUGGCAAAGGAUGUGAUUCCACUGAUGGAAAAAAGAGGGGGUGGAUCUGUGGUCUUCAUUUCAUCAAUAGGCGGUCUUCAACCAGCAAUGCAGGGCCUAGGUGCUUAUUGCGUAAGCAAGACUGCUCUACUAGGUUUGACAAAGGUUUUAGCCAGUGAAUGCUCUCCUAAGGGUGUCAGGGUGAACUGUGUGGCACCAGGUAUCAUCAAGACAAAAUUCAGUGGAGCACUUUGGAAAAAUGAAGCAUUACAUGAACAAGCACUUACUCAGAUUCCAAUAGGAAGAUUGGGUGAAUCAGAAGAUAUUGGUGGAGCAGUGUCCUUUCUUUCAUCUGAUCAAGCAUCUUACAUCACAGGAGAAACUUUAGUUAUUGCUGGAGGGAUGCACUCAAGACUGUGACUUNUACUUAUCAAACUGUACCUUUAUCAUACUAUCUUAUUAAGAUCUUAGUUGUUUCCAACAUCUGUGUGUGAGUUGCAACUUAGAGAGGCAUGCUACCUGAAACUGUAAAAAAAUAAAUAAAAAUAGAAAUUUAUAGUGA